UGCUAACAUUUCAGCUGCUAUUAUGCGCUCCCAUUCCAGUACCCCGGUACCGACGUCACAUCAACGCGAGCAAAAAGACAAGCCAGUACCAAAGCCCCGUCGUCGUCAAUGCGAUGGACCAACACACCAGCUUCAGGGUCAAGGUGGAAGUCUACGCUUGGAGAGGGAAUGGUUCCUGGAGCCACUUCAGCCAGCAGUAACGCACCACAGCCUCCCAAGUGCUACCCCAAAUAAAAAUCAGACUGCCACAGCGAGGGGCGCUGAAGUGCUUAACAGACAGAUCUACUCGUCAGCUUUCAAAGCUGACCGCGAGAAAAGAGCAGAGCUUGGUAUGGCCCAGUCGGAGUAUGAUUGUUACAUGGAAGCUAGAGGAAACUCCUAAGAAGAAGACAUUUCUGGAAACUGUCGCCAAGAUCAUGCCUCCGGACCCACGACCUCUACCAUUUGAGGUGCACACCGUUUUGGAGGGUAUUUGCGGUCGUUCGACGAACCCUUUGAUUUCCUUGAAUUUGAACCAUCAUGGAACCCCUUAUCUUCCACCGCCAUGAAAAUUAUUCCAGACGAGGUGCCCUCAAGCGCUCCUGUAGCCAAGCAUGGUUUUGAUGAUCAUCUUCGUUUGCUUGGAGAGUCAGGUUCAGACUCUGUCUCGUUGUGCAGACCUGUGGCCUCUGAGGUGGUGACCUCUCAAUCCCAGCCAGUCCCUCAGCCUCGUCGACACCAUCCAGAGAGGACCCAUCCCUCCAUCUUCACGCCAGCAAGUUCAUCAAGAACAAACAUUAGAGGAGAGGAGUUCAGGCGCUUGCCGAAGGAAUAAGCCUCCAAUGGAGAUGCAUGAAACUGUGACGUCUCACCACUAUGAUUUCCCCAGCUUGCUUGAAGAGGUUGCCAGGCCCAUGGCUGUCACCAUCCCUCCAUCUUCACGCCUGCAAGUUCAGCAAGAACAAACAUUAGGAAAUUCUUUGUGUGCAAAAUAAGUGAAAACACUCAUUUUCAUCUUCACGGAGCAGCUUUCCUUGCAGCUCAAGUCUGGCCUGUUAAGUGAACAAGCUUCUAGAAGCAACUCCUCAACUGAAAGCGCUGGUUUGGGUGCACACAAAUUAAAUUGGUCGGAGCGAUUCCAGAACAGAAGCAACAAAAAGAAGCUGACCUCAACCCCAAAACAAGGUGCAACAUCUUUUGAGGGUUUCACUUUCUCUCGCCAAAAUCUUUCUUUGUCAUCAAGAACUGAGGGCCAUGAGGAAAUGCCUGAGGAGAUUCCCCCAGUCCCGAAGCCGCGUCAACGGCACCUAACAAGUUCUCCCCAACAGAGUGAAAACACUCUUCACGGAGCUGCUUCCCUUGCAGCUCAAGGGGGUCAGUCUGGCCUGUUUAGUGAGCACGCAGCUGACCAUUACUACAGUGCUGUCAGUGCUUCCAGUAACUUGGAGGAAGAAGAGCCAAGGAGAAAUCAGGAGAAGAAACAUGAAGUGAAAAAAUUGCUCUUCAACCAGAUCAGACGAUUGAAUCCAGAAAUGGCCGUAAAGAUAACCGGACCAAGUUGCUUGUCUAUGGCUCCCAAAGUCGCGCCCCGACGACAGCCUGAUGCAUCAAAAGUUCCUAUAUUUGAUCUGCCUCAUCCAUCUUCACCAGCCGCUCAAAAACUAGACGUGCAGCAGAAUUGGGACGUUCCUCGAAUAUCCACGUCAGUUCCACAAUCAGUGCAGCCGAGGAAGGGAUCUCUUCAGUUGUGGCAGUUCUUAGUGACGUUAUUAGAAGAUCCUGGCAACCGUAGUUACAUUGUAUGGACAGGCAGGGGGCUCGAGUUCAAGCUGAUAGAUGCAGAAGAGGUUGCUAGUCGGUGGGGUGUGCAGAAAAAUCUGCAUGCCAUGAACUACGACAAACUUCACUCCGGUAUUACUACAAGAAAGGGAUCAUGCAGAAGGUGGCCGGAGAGCGCUUUGUGUACAAGUUUGUCUGCAGCCCGGACGCCAUGGCCUACCCAGGGGACCCAGGACCAAGUUGCUUGUCUAUGGCUCCCAAAGUCGCGCCCCGACGACAGCCUGAUGCAUCAAAAGCUCCUAUAUUUGAUCUGCCUCAUCCAUCUUCACCAGCCGCUCAAAGUGCACCCUCCUUUGGAGAAUGGUUGCAUUCUUGUGGCCAGGAUGCAUUCCAACUUGAAGCUCCUUCCAGACCAGAGACUGCUUACAUUUCAGCUGCUAUUACGCGCUCCGAUUCCAGUACCCCAGUACCGACAUCACAUCAACGCGAGCAAAAAGACAAGCCAGUACCAAAGCCCCGUCGUCGUCAAUGCGAUGGACCAACACACCAGCUUCAGGGUCAAGGUGGAAGUCUACGCUUGGAGAGGGAAUGGUUCCUGGAGCCAUUUCAGCCAGCAGUAACGCACCACAGCCUCCCAAGUGCUACCCCAAAUAAAAAUCAGACUGCCACAGCGAGGGGCGCUGAAGUGCUUAACAGACAGAUCUACUCGUCAGCUUUCAAAGCUGACCGCGAGAAAAGAGCAGAGCUUGGUAUGGCCCAGUCGGAGUACGAUUGUUACAUGGAAGCUAGAGGAAACUCCGAAGAAG